AAGGGUCUCCGUGGAGCCGUUUCUCUGCUUGGAGCAUGAGGCGGACACGUGUGAGUAACCGCCGGGACCCGGCUUUGCCCACCGGUGCCCGCACGGGGCUGGCGGCUGCCUGCGGGCUGGCUGCACGCUCGGAGGCAUGGAGUGCUUCUUGCCCACUUGCAGCUCCCGGUGGUCCCCGCAGCUCCUGGGGGCAUGGAGCAGGCCCCUUGGCGCGGCCGCGGCGGCAGGGGAUGCUGAGAGCUGCCGGCAGUGCCCCGUCCCCUCCGGUGCUGCCCGAGGAGAGAGGCUGGGGAGCCGCUGGGAAGUGGCUCCUGGGAAGAGCUUGGCUGAGGCUGGCACCCACCAUUCCUUCCCUGCGUUUCCCCUCUGCGGGAAGUGUUCGGUCCUUCCAGUGCACUCGGAGGAGCAGAGCAGAUUUAAACGCAGAAGCUCCUUUAGAAUGAGGUUAUCUUCUUUAUGAAUUAUAAUUAUUAUAAUUAUUUAAUAGUAUGGUAGCAUCCAGAGGCCACAAAUAAUUAUUGGGUCUAUUCCCAUCUGUAGUAACAAUACUACUUCAGUCCUAACUGGUGCUUUUGGACAGGGUCUGCCUUGCAUGUUUACGGAGAUGGUCUGUAUCAUCCUGGCUGUUUGGUGGGUGGGGAAACCGAGGCACACAGCAAAGAAAGACACUUGCUAAUUCCUAAAUUCCCCCGGUAGCCGGCAUUGUCUAAAGCGCAUAAAGAUAAAGGGUGUGUGUGUGUGACUGCUAGAUGGCAUUGGAAAUCCACUUAAAGGCAGGAAUUUGUAUUCUGAAAGGACAUUCUCCCGAUCUGUGCUGGGAGGCUGCAGCUGCAGAGGCCUCCCACGCUGGCUGCCAGCACCAGGCCCAUGAGUGCCGGCAGGACAGGACGGGGGGCUGCCCGACGGGGGGCUGCCCUGCGGGGGGCAGGCGAGGCUGCCGGGGAGUGCUGCCUGCACCCGGGGCCAAGCCCCUGGGACUCUGGACUGGCGCUUGCAGGGUCAGCCGGGGCGGUGCGGUCGCCUCUGAACUGCUGGGCAGCAAAGACUUUCCAGCUUUUUCCAGAAAUGUGCUUUGUGGACAGCUUGUGGCUUUCUAAUAAGAUUUCUGGCAUGCGAAGGAGCACGUGGAGUCCCUGUCUGCUGGGGCCUCCCAGCCCGGCCAGCUGCUCCUCUCGCUGGGGCGGUGUGGCCCCAGCUGGGUGCCUGGGCACCGUUCUCUGCGAGGUGAGACGUUCCUCCCCAGGGAGAGUGUGGAGCUGCUGGAGGCCUCGUGAUGAGCUGUGUCUCCCGUGGCCAAAAUUCUUUGGGCCAUGUCCUACUUCCCUUGUCCUGUGAUCACUGCAGGAGCAGCCCGUGUUGGAGGUGCUGGCAGAGCCCGUGUACUCCAGUGCUGGGCACCAGCCGAGCUCUCCCUCUCUUUGUGCUCCAUCUCCACAUGAAACAUUUUCCCACAUCUGUGUAGUCGCGCAAGGCAUCUCCGGGACUCAGAGGAACAUGGUGUUGCCCACACCACGUUCACCGGGAAGGAAGCCACUGAGCAGGGUGGUUUUGUCCUGCUGCGGUAGGCUCCUCUGUGUCCCCUAGGGAAGGUGCUGAACCACAGUGCCCAGCUGCAGACUGCGAGGGAUGCUUGCCUGCUCUUCCACAGAGGCAGCUGAGGGAAGCCUUGGGAUGUGAAACAAACUCCUCCUGACUUCAUACUGCUCCGUAUGGGCUGUCUGCCACAGUCUGCCCAUGUUCCCCUGGGUAGGUCACCCUACCUCUCCAUGUCUCAUUUAAAAUGGUGAUAUCAGUGCUCCUCUGCUUGGCAAAGAGAGUUGGGAAAGCAAGCGGGUAGCAGUGAGAACAGAGUCAUUACUGUCAUGACAGCUGUAUUAGCAUCCAUGGGAGACAGAGGAAUAAUUUGGCUUCUACAGGCUUCUGAAAGCUUUGUGCAAAGGCUUUGUACUUCGCUGUGUCUCUUGGCCAUGUAAAGUCUCCAUCUGACAGCACCAGCAUCUGCAGUUGAAAGAGCGAUGCAAGCAAGAGUCAGUGACCUCUGUGCACUGAGAGGAGGAUGAUGUUGCUUCUUCCCUAAUUGAUGGGAUCCCUUCCACAGGGCAUUAGCCAUGGUGCGUGCGUUGAGGGUGGCCGGGAGCCUCAGGCAACCCUGCGAGGUGCCCGCAGGGUGCUCAGGGAUGCUGGCACUGCAGGGAGGUGGGUGGCCGGGGCUCCUUGCUCCAGCCAGGCGAAGAGAGCCUUCUCCUGGGCCCUGUGGCUGGGAGAGUGACUAAUUCUCCUGCAGAGCACUUCAGCCAGUGACCUAAAUAGAGAUGCGUGCAGAUCCCUUGGCUCUUGCGAGCUGCCGCUUGCAUCAGGCCCCGGCUGACACAGGGGAGGACCUGUGUGUCGGUGAUGCUGCUUGGAGGCCUCAGGCGAUGCUCGCUGGGGUGCUGCAGAGCACGAGGCACCCAGGGCAUUGCCCCAGCUGCAGGGGACUGUGCCUGCUGCCCUCAGCCAGACCAUCCCAGGUGUUUCUGGUGGAGUCCCAGUGGUGUUUGAGCAGAGCCUAAGACCUUGCCUUGAACGCUUCCAGAAGGGAGGCUGUGAGGAUCACUGGAGACAUGGGGAGCUGGCCUUGGGGGGCACCAGCAGAGCUGGACCUGCUGAGCGCUGUGAAGUGUGGCUGGAGAAGGGAUGUGUUUCUUCGCAGGGAACACAAAAGGGCUGAAUGCUGAGGAGGGAGCAGAGCUGUUCAAGAGGAAGCAGUAUAUUGGCACAAGCACAGUCAGAUAUAAACUGGCCUUGAUUAAGCGCCUGCAGGAAGUUAGAAGGUCUGUGAGCCUUGGAGCAGCCGGGUUCUGGAAAAGCCUCCAAGAGAACCAUGAGGGUAGGGCAUGAGCUGGCUUCGUGGUGGAGCUUCCGCAGCGAGGAACCGGAUUUUGGGUUUGCUAGCUGCCGGAGGAGAUGCUCUUAGUUCUCCAUCCUCAAGUCCCACAGAUGCUCCAAUCUGAGCACAAACGCAUCAAAUCCUCUUGGAGCCAAGGCAGGAUUAAGCUCUGCUGCUGAGUGAUGUGUUGCAAACCUGGCUCCUGCCUGGUUCUCCACUGAGACCAAAUGCCUCAUCCUCCAGUUCUGCCCCUCUCCGUUGCCAGUGGCACCUCUCUCCAGAGAUCAGGAAAAGCAAAGGUUUUGUCCCAAGAGAAGCCAUUGUACCCAGUGAGUGGAGCUGGGUAAUUAGCUCUUCUUUUCUGCAGUUCCAGGAGAAUAUGACUUCCUCUCUCAUAAAUCUAAUCUCCUGGCUUCCUGCGUCUUGAGGAGAAGAUUUAUGUGUCUGCUCUGGUUUUCCCUCUGCCACAGACGCUACCAGGACGACGAGGUGGAGGAUGGGUGGAGAAAGGGACAAAGCUGUCCCGGGGACAAGCAGUGUUGUUCACGGGUGUGGGGAGCAGCUGGACCCUCCGUCGGUGCCUGCAGUCCCACUGUUUGAUGGCUGUAGCUGGGGUCUGCCCAGCAGCCUCAUCAGUCCCAGGCUGGUCUGUUCCACAAGACACCGAUGUCCAUUGAGUCAGGAGGAAGAGCUGAGCUGGGCCUUGCUUCCCAGGGGAGGAGGAGGAGGUGGGCAUGCAGCUGGAGGCUUUCCCUCUGCUCCGCAGUAUUUUUGGUGGAUGCAGGUAACUUUCCAGACAGGACAGCAUGAAGCAGGGCUCUGUUCCUCUAACGUCAACCCUGCAGCCCAUGUGAGAUAAGUCUCAAGAUAAAAAUUCAGAAGAUUUAGUGCCUCCCUCUCACAAAAUUCACCAUCCAUCAGUACUGGUCAAAGAAGAGCGGCCCAGUCAGGGGGGCAUUGGCUCUCCAAGGGGAGACUCACAAGCCCUUUACAGGCUGCAGGUAGGAGCUGGCAGUGCAUCGGCAAAGUGCGGGCUGGCAAUGCAGGAUCAGUUUGGAUCCCACCAUGCAAAGUGGCAUGGCAGAUUCAUGGAUCUGAAGGGCACUGAGCUGGGGAUUGCAGCCAGGCUGAUGCGUGAUCCAGAGUUCCAGCAUCGUUCACAAAUCCCCAUCAUUCUGAAGAAUAUUUGCUGUUUGCAGGGAGUGAGGACAGUCUGAGGACUGGGUGAGUUGGCACCUGAAGUUCAGUGGUAUCUGUGGCCAGGUCACACGGGAAGUGCUUCCUGAUGCUUCCUUGGCUUUUGGGCUCACUCAGUGGAGGAGACGUCAUUCCCAGCUGCACUGAGCAUCCAGCUGAACCGGAGAGGCCACCACUGAGAUACUCAUGUCAUCUUUUGCAUUACAGUGGCGGAGUCUGGUUUUAUCAAUACAUCAUCUGAUGCGACCUGCUAUCUCACCUUGUUCAUGCACUCAUAAUUCCCAUAUGAACUAGAGGAGAAAAACACUCAGACCUUAAAAAAUUGCCAGAUGGGGGAUCCUGCAAAUCCUUUCCAAGUUGUUCUACUGCCGGCUGGCCUGACUUUCUUAAAAAGUCACUCCUCUGACUGCCCUGAUCCCCGCUUUUCAGCCGCCGUUUUGCUGCUAGGCUGGAGAGGAGCCUGGGGCUGCCGCAGCAGAGACCCAUCCUGCACAGCGUCUGCUCCGCGCUCCUCACAUGGCUCUAUAUUUGUCUUCUUCCUUCCUUGCCCUUCUCUCAGUCUUGGUAUACUCCGCACAUUUUCUCAGUGCUGACUUUUUCCUUUGAGGUCAGUGAGAGCCAGUGCCCACGCGGGGCCCAGCUGCCCCUCCAUAGGACCUGGGCAGAAGCACGGCUAAUUGGCGAUGAUUGCUGGAUGAUUAUGUCUUGAGACGUGCUGGUUAGCCAGUUUUUAAUCCAUUUAAUGUGUGCCACAUUGCUUUCUUAUUAUUCUGCUUUCUUCGUCAAAAUGUCAAACGCCUCACAGAAAUCCGAGUCCGUUCUGUCGAGGCUUUUACUUCCAUUGACCAAACUUGGAACCUCAUCAAAACAGAAAAUUGGUCUGAUAAGCCGUGUUCUCCGUGGCCCUGCGCUGACUGGCAUGGCUGGUACAUGCUGCCCUCCUUCAGCUGUUGCUAGUCAAGCUCCAAGCCCAUUCUCACACCGCUGCCCCCCAUCAGCCUCGGGCUCUCCCGAGGCUGCUCUCCACUGACAUGCCCCAGCAAGGACCCCGGUGUCAGCUGUCCUGCAGGCGCAGAGCCAAGAGGAGCAUGCAAGAGCAGGGCACCAGGGCUCAGUCCCUUGCCCCCUGCUAGCAGGGGUCUCCUGAGAGCCACCUGCACCAGGCACCUGAGGACAAGCAUCAGCCAUGGCAUGGCAACUAGGACAGGUCUCCUUCCGCCAUGCCCUCCCCUGCUGGCCUCUGUCCACAACCCCACUUGUCCCCUGGGAGAGAGGAGCUGCUGCAGCCCUGGGCUCCCGGCAGACCAGACCCUGGAAGGGGCUGCUUGGGGUUCGGGACCUCGGACGGGCUCCGGCUUCACUGCACCUUGUCUCUCAGCGCUGCCUUCCCACCAGUCCUCUGCACCGCAGAACUGACCAGACCCCUGGGUACCUUGUCCUGGGGCAGGGUGGUGUCAGCGGGAGACAUCCCUGCUCCUGCUCCUCCAGCCUGGCCAGCCCAGCUCCCUAUACUGGGGUGCUCGCGGGUGAGCUGGUGGGGCACAGGAAGGUGCGUGGGGAGCGUGGCUGCAUGCUGGACACAUAGUGCAUUGGCUGGGGCAGGCAAACACGUGGGGGGCAUGGGUGAGCCUGUGGCCCCAGGAGUGGGGCCGUUUCCCUGUAAAUAUGCUUAUGGAUAGCAGCUCCAAAGUGCUGGUGUGGCUGGGGGUGUGUGCUUCCUGCAUGGCUCCUUGCCGGUGGCCCUUUCUGUGCAUCCAGAAUGUCCCUGGAGCUGCGUUUCCAGAUAGAUCUACUGGCAGAGCAGUUUUCUUGGAUUCCGCUACAGUACAGGGGAGCCCAUCAGAUACUGCAGCCGCUGGGUUGCACAGUCCUGAUUCCAUCCUACAGCAGGACUCUUUAUCAGCACUUGAAGAUGCCAGCAUGCUGCAAACAGUGCCUGAAUGUGGCACUAAAUCUAACUGUACCAUAAAGCUAUACACAGCGAGACGAGUGGGAGGGUCCGAGCUUUUGGUGUUUGACAUCCUCAGAGCUGUUCCCAAAUGGAGUUAGCACGUGUAUAAUUUAUAGAGUUUUUCUUUGUCCUUGUGGCUUGUAUCUGAUCCCUCCAGCAGUUCGGGAGGCAGAGGGUGCUUUGGUGGAGGCCCUGCUGACUGACAGCAUCACGUUUGCUGCGUAGGCAGUGGAACGGCCUUGUCUCGCUCUGCCGUCAGCUGUGGCUCAGUGAGGUCCCUGCUGCAGGCUCGCAGGGGCUGCAUCUGCGCUGGGACCAUGCCGGCAGCGCUCCUGCCCCGUGCCUGGCUGUGGGAGCAGUUCCUGGCACCCUCUGCCCCAUGCCCGUUGGCACUUCUGUUAAGGAAGCCUCCGGAGUGGGCUGGCCACACAUGGGCUGACCUGCCAGAGUGCUCAGCCCAGCUGUGCUGGUCCCAAGCGGCGCUCAGGCCAGACCAGCGCAGAGGUGUGCCAGCCAGCCCCGCUCUGCCACUCGGCGUGUGGCCCUCCUGGCAUGGACGUGGCUGGGGAUGCUGAAGUGGGACGCCGGCGCAGGGCACGCAGGCUGGAUGCCAGCCGUUGUGGCAACGCAAGUUGGGGUGUGUGUGUGGCCCCAUGGCUGCGGCAGGGCCUCGAGGGGGGGGUCCCCACAGCCCCUCACUGCCUCGGCAGGCUCUGCCUGGUGCAGCUGGGUGCCAGCACUGCCCUUUCCCCCAGCCAGGCACCCACUGGCAGGCGCAAACACGGGGCUGCUGCUCCCGGGCUGGCACGCAGGCUGCGGCGAGCGCAGGGUGAGGGGGCAGGUGGCGCUGGCUCUGUCCCUGAGCCGGCUCUCUCCUCUGCCUGUUGCUGCCCAUACUAACGAGGUGCCCCAUCCCUCUGCUGUGUCUCCAUCGCGUCCUGCCUCACAAACAUCUCCCGGUGUCUGGGCACAGCUCCAAGCUCGGGAAGGAAAGUGCUGGGUGGCUGGGCGGCGCGUGGAGCAGCAUCCCGACUAAUGCUGUGCGGGGGCUGCAGAGGCACAGGGGCAUGCAGUGCUGGGCAGGGGGCUGUGUCAGCCCCCUGCUCCACUGGGUCGGCAGCUUGCUGCUGGCCUGGGGAGGCACUGGGUGCCAGCACGCUCAGCACUCGGGAAGUUUGCUUGUUACCAGCACAGGGUGACUCCAGGCCACCAUGCUGAGUCAGCCGCUUCAUUACAGCAGGAACCAGGCAAGAUGGUGAGGGGAGCCAGGGGGGCUGGCUGGUGCCAUGUGUCCAUCUGCAGUGAGGGCGGGAGGGCUGCAGAGCGAGCAAGGCUCCCAUCUCCCUGCGCUGAGGGAGGUGCAGGGGCACUGGGGGAGCAGUGGGCUGUGGUCCGAGGCAGGGGCCACAGUGCUGCGGGAUGCACGACACGGCAUGGUGCGAAGGGGCGAGUCCAUGCCACAGGGAAGCCCCCGUUGCUCUGCUCUUUGCCCAUGCCACAGCUACCUCCGGACGUUCCAGACCUCAAGUGCUGGGGGGCUGAAAUGCCAAGCACAGCAGUGCCGCUGCCCACCAGGGCUGGUGUCUCCAGCUCUCUCACUCUCCCUCCCUAUCCCUGGCACUGCUUCCCAAAUUAAGCCGUUGGCCUCCUCUGCACCUGGGGGCACCUUGGGCAGGGCUCCUGGUGUGUGCCCUGUGCUCCACCGGGUCACCUGCCCAGGCAGUGUCAUGGGCCAGGGCAGCAGCUGGUCACCAGGGUGGGCAGAGGCAGGGCAAAGCAGGCAUGGCGGCUUUCUGCUGGCGGGGGUUACGGCCAGGACAGGGCUGCGAAGGAGGGAUUGCCCUGCCUGCGUGAGGAGAGGGAGCCCUGCACAGCUGCGUGGUAAGGAUGGCAGGGGCAGGGACAUGGACAUGGCCCCGGGGGUGUGAUUACCCCUGUGCAGGAGACCUUGCUCAGGGGCAGGACAGCCCCCUUGCUGCCUGGGAAGUGCUGUUGGUGACAGGGACGCAUCCCCAGGCAGGAGCGGGGACCUUGGUCCUGCAGCCAGGCCCUGGCGGUGGCCCUGCGAGCAGGAGCUGUGCAGCGUGUUUGCAGGUGAGGCAGAGCAGGUGAGAGCUGCGGGCAGGCGGGCUGCCUGGGGCCACAUGACGGCGGAAGGUACAAUGCCCCGGGAAGACCUUGCUCUCCAGAGGCGAGCAUCCCUGAGCCACAGCCCCACGGCAGAGCCUGGGGUGAGAGCUGGAGAGACACCAGCAACUGCCCUUCCCCACAGCGAGGUGCAGGGAGCAACCCCCCGGUCUCACCAAAGCUGCAGUCUCAGCCGUGAUGCCUGUUCUCCCUCCUGGCUGGUUCUCACACACCCGAAGUGGCUCAGUGUUCCCAAGCCACGUUUGUCCCACUGCCCACAGAGCUGUCCCCCGUGCCAGCAGCCCAGCCAGCCCUGCUACACCUCCGGUGGGUGCCGUGGGCAGGAUGGGGCCCUCUGCCCAGUCCAGCCGUGCCCCACGCAGGACGGGUUCCAUGCCCGCUCCAACCAUGCCCCACACAGGGACCCCAUGGAGGCUGGGUGCCCCACACCUUGUCCAGCCCCAUGCAGAGCUGGUGCCCCGUGUCCAGCAGGUACCCCGUGUCCAUCCAUCCCGCGCAGGAGCCCCCCGUGCCCAUGCACAGCAGCCCCCCGUGCCUGCCCUCCCGCUGCCAGCACCCUGCAAACAUGAGGCACCAGCCCCAGCGUGGCAGAGCUAUUUUUAACAGCUGCUUCUGCUUGAUUUGAGCUGUGAACUUGUAACGUGUUUAUGCUAAAGGGGUUUCUUUUUUCCUUCUCUCUUUGUGCUGAAGAGGCAGCUCUGGAGAUCAAAGCUUGUCUCUUCGUGUUUUGUGAUGGUGGGGCUGGGGGGAGCGCCCAGAGGCAGUGAGGCCGGCCACGCCACGGGGCAGUGCAGCGUGUGGUGGGGCUCUCCUGGCCUCGGGGGGCCAUGGUGGCGGGGCCAGAGCUGACGCACCUCUCUGUGUCCCCGCAGGUCCGGAAGCCCAGGAACCAUGGGCAGGGACAGCCGGCUCCUGGUGCGCCAGGCAGCCCGCCACAGGCAGCACUGAGCUGGGGCAGCCGUGGGACCAUGGGAUGCUGGUGCUGGCGAGGGGGCACGGCAGCGGGCAGGGCUGUCAGGGCAGCGUGCCAGGGGCUGUAGGGUGGGUGGCAGGCAGCAUGCCCGGCAGCCCCUCACCUCCCUCCGGCACAGCAUCCCCUCUCCGCAGCGGCGCGGGAUGAGGCUGCCCGCUGCCCUGGGCAGCUCUGGGGACGGGUGCAGCCCAGGGCUCCGGCCACCAGCACUCGGCCCCCCGCCGCCCACCGCAGUGCCCGGCCACAGGGCAGCAGCACUGGGGCACUGAGCCAUGGUCAGCCGGGAGCCCCUUCCCGGCAGAGCCCCCGCCAGCGAAGGCAGCCAGGAGAAAGCCAUGACGGUGCGCUCAGUGCUGCUCAACCGCGACUCGCCCGACAUCGAGAGCCGCCUCAAGCGCCGACGCAACCGCACGCAGCAGGUCCGCUUCAAGGACCUGGUGGAGGCCGGCAUGGGGCGAGCGGCCAGCCCCCCGCCCAGGCCUGCUGCUGCCCCUGGCCCCAACACCCCACGUGCCUCGCCGCCACCCAGGGAUGCCCCUGAGCUGGUGGCUCUCAGUGCCUCGCGGCAGAGCUGGCCCCAGGCCCAGCCGGGCUCGCUGACGCUGCCCAUGCCCAGGAAGGCGUGCAUGAGCACUGCCAUCCAGACCUCCCCCAGCCUUCAGAAGCCCUUCCCUGCCUCCCAGCCCCGCAGCAAGAGCGUCUGCGACGUGGCCGGGGACACCGUGCUGCCCAGCACCACAGGGAACACCCGGUGCCCGGGGGAGGCCGUGCCCACCGUUGCCAGCUGGGCUGUGCCCCCACGGGUGUCCGGCAGCCUCCCCAUGCAUGAUCGUGCCACGGCCCCUGCCCAGCACGCCAUGGUGUGCCACGUGCCACCGCCCAGGGAUCCCUGUCCCCCUUAUCCGGACACGGCUGGGUGCCCUGCUGCCCACUGCACCCCCACAGCGCAGAGCUGUGCCCCCGAGCCCUGCCCGCUUCCCCCUGCCUGUGCCCGGCUCCGUGGAAACCCCAGGGGCAGCCGUGGGGCUGCCCCACGCCCAGCCUCCAUGCCCUGUGGUCAGCCCCAGCCACCCGCUGAGACGCAGGGGCUUGGCCGGAGCGACUCAGAGUGGAGCCUGCUCCGUGGGCGCCCGCUGCCCCAGCCCUCGCCGCACCACCAGCAGACCAUCCCCACCAUGGACACCCACGGUCUCCGCCAGCCAGCUCAGGGCAACCCCCCGUGGGACCCAGCACCACCCCAGCACCAGCUCUGUGGCACGCCCUGGGGGGGGCCCUGCUGCACCUCGCCAGCCCCUGUUCCACCAGCGCUGGGCUGGCACAGCUCUGCCACCGCCGCACCGGAGAAGACACCAGCUGUGCUUGGCUGUCCGGACCCCCACGGCAUCUACAGCCGGCUAUAUGCUGCUGAGCCUGGGCACGGCCAGGCAGGACCAGAGGGGCCCAGGGAGCCGCUGCCCCCCGCCCCACAGGGCACCAGGGCGGGGACGCAGCCGGUCGGGUGGGCACCGGAGGUCCCCCAGCAUGAGCAGCCCUGCCUCACCGCCGAGCAUUCGGAGACACUGCGCCACAUCCAGGACCUUCUGCAGCUGGUGGUGGUGGCCAAGGGGCCAGCGGGACCACCAGCAGGGGACGAGGACACCCGGACAUCUCAGGGAGAGGGCCCACGGGGUCCUGGGGAGCAGGGGGACCUGCAGUCCCAGCUACAGUCCCUGGAAGGGGUGCUGGAGACCAGCCAACAGACCAUCCGGGUGCUGCUAGACGUCAUCCAGGACCUGGAGAAGAAGGAGGCCCAGCGGGAUGGGCGACAUUCUUACCGGACAGGGCAAGACAUCGCCAACUGCGGGACCUGCCGGGACUGUGCCUGCAUCAUCUACAGCGUGGAGCACGAUUUCCGGCAGCAGGAGGGCCGCUUCCAGCAGGUGCUGAGCCAUAUCGAGGGUGACACGACACCGAGCUCCCCUGCCACGGCAGCGGGGACAGUCUUGCCACCCAGGCAAGAGCCGUCACCAGUGACGAAGCUGCCUGUGAAGCUGGACACAAAGAAAUCCAGGCGCAAAUGUUUCUGGUUCCUGUGAGCCAGCGGUGCCCGGUGAGCCAGGAGCGCAGAGGCACCGUCCCAGCACUGACCCCCUGCCCACAUCUCCCUCUCCUCUCCCUCCCUCUGACGGUAGGGUUUGGGUAGCACCAGCUUUUAUAUUUUUAACUGUUCAGUUUAAUGUAUCAAAGCCCCUGUGUAAAUAAGGCGAGGGGAACAACGGCUGUAUUUAAUGAGAAUUCAAUAAAUUCUACGGAGACGCUA